GGCUGUCUUGGAGAUUGGUGAACUUGGCGGGACAAUUGCCCAUGUCCUUGGUAAGUGGCAAUAAGUGAGUAUCAGCCUGGUCAAUUUUUCUUCUCGCAGCUUCCGUAAUUCCAUGAGCACAGAAAAGCUUGUUGUUGGUGCGACUCUCCUACUUCAAGACUGCCUUGUGUGUUCUGAUAAACUGUCUUGCGGCUCGGUCAAGAUCGACUCUCCAUGCUGCGAGAUGUCUCCAGUUGUGCUCCACAAAGUUCUCGAACUUUUGGAUGGGACGACCAUCAUUCGACUAAUCGAUUAUCCCACUGAUGACAGUCCCCGCAAUUCCUCCGGCAUGGUAGCUAGUUGCUGGUACUGUGGGGGCCGAUCAUUUCCACUGUAGUUGACUGGGCAAUGGCAACAACCCAAGAUAGGCCUGUUUGGCUUCGAAUAACACAUGCUUCUCAUGCACGUCGAGGAUAGUAUGACUGCAGUAGGUAGCAUUGCAUGAAUCGGAAGUUCAGCAAACGAAAUGACGGUA